GCCCGGGGUUCCACGGGCAAUAAGAGUGCCGAUAUCGCUCGGAAGAAAUUGACCCUGGUCAAGAAUAACCCGUUCGAGCGUCGAUUUGGACGGGAUAAGCAUCGCGUGUUAAAUCGUCGGAGUGGAGCCGGAAUGGGGACUGGAGCCGCGGCCGCCACCGGUGCCAAUGCACGAGUUCUGGGACAACCUGGAGUACAAAAAGGCCGGGCUUUGCUUAAACGACAGGACACGUUGCUACGGGAAUUCCGGACCAAAGAUAAGGAUAACUUGUUGUUGGACCGUCGGAUUGGUCGGGAAGGUCAAGAUCAAGAAGCCGGACAAGUGGCUCGGUUCGCCUUGGAAAAGAAGUUCCAAGCCAAGCGGGCCAGUGUGUUCCAAUUGGGCGAUGAAGAAGACGCGUCGGAUGUGCUCACCCAUUUUGGACGGAAUCUGGAAGAGAUCGAACGAUACGAUAAUCCCGCUUCGGAUGACGAGGACCAGGAUGACCGCCAAGCCAAAGCCCUCGAGGCUUCCUUCGUGAGCGAAUCGCAUUUUGGCGGUUUUAUGACCAAGUCGGAUGUGGAGUUUGCCGAAGGUAAGGCCAAUACCCGCCAACAGUGGAUCGAGUCCAUGAUUAGCGAAUCCAAGCGGAAAAAAGCCGAGAAGCAGAAGAGCCAGGCUGAGAACCAAGACUUGACGCAGGAUCUCGAUCAGAAGUGGAAAUCCAUAUGGGGUCAAGUCAAAACAGAUGGGCACAUUCACACUAAACAAACGAAGGAUGCGGCUGAAGCUGCCGUGAAGCCCGAGCAACCCGACCCCUACGAUGUGUUAGUACGUGAACUCACUUUUGAGACCCAGGGUAAAGUGGCCACAGAACGUACCAAGACUCAAGAGGAAAUCAUUCGAGAGGAGAAGGAAAAGCUGGAGAAAUUGGAGGUUGCCCGCCGCCAGCGUAUGGAAGGUGAACUCGAGACCCCGGCUUUGGCGAACCAGGCAGAAGUGGAUGAUGAAGAGAGUGCUUCAGGUGAGGAAGAAUCUGAGGGUGAAGAAGAACAAGAGGACGAGGAGGAAGAAGGAGAACAGGAGGAUGACCAUUCCGAUUUGGAGGACAGUGAUGAGGACAUGGAGCCUACGGAAAAGUCAUCCAAGUCGGUCAAGAAGAAGGUUUGGCAAAGUCCAUCCAUUGAUGAAAAGGUCAAGAUUAUGGAAGAGGCACGGCGGGAGAUUCCUUACACUUUUAAAGUGCCACAGACAUUUGAAGAGUUGGCAGGUCACUUCUCUCAACGUUCUCCUCAAGACCAUUCGACCAUCAUUCAGCGGAUUAUCAAGUGCAACCACCCUCAAUUUGGUGAUAACAACAAGCUUGAACUUCAGACUUUGUUUGCCUGUCUACUUCAGUACGUUAACGAUUGCGCCAUUGACUUUGAUCCCGACAUCAACGAAGACAAUGAAUCCGAGGAACUCGUUCAGACCAUUCAAGCUAUCGUACCUCAUUUAUACGAUUUGGCACAUUUUUCUCCUCAACCUGCGGCCAAAGCCAUAUCCGGUGUGCUUCAGGAAAAGUAUGAAGAAUAUGCAAAACAUCCCAAAAACUCCUUAGCCUUUGAAACGUUGAUAUUCCUGAAGAUCACGUGUCUGUUGUUCCCCACUUCGGAUUACCGCCACCCUGUGUCCACCCCCGCAUUUCAGUGGAUAACCAAAUAUUUAUCGCAUGGACGAUUCACAACGAGAUCCGCAAUCGCUUCGGGUCUAUUUGUUUCAAGCAUAUUCGUGGAGGGGAUUCGUCUCUCCAAACGUUUCAGCCCGGAACUGCUGAACUUUUUGGUUGGUCUUGUUUACCUAAGUUUCCCCAAAGACAAGACUCAAGUGACCCCUUUUGUGCCUCCGUUCAAAUGUGUAGGCAACGAGGCCGAAGUUCUCGCACCCAAACUGAACGCCAAAUGCGCUCCAGGUCCUUUAUCGAUGAAGGACACUAAGACAAGCGAUGACAUGGACGAAACCUUUGUGUCCUCGACCCUCUCGGCCGCGUUGCGAUUGAUAGGGGAUUUGAUCGACCUUUGGUGGGAUCUUCCCUCGGCACAUGAGGUCUUCAGAUUUGUGCCCAACUUCCUCUCAAAACUUUGCCCAUCUCGUCUUCACGAGACCAUUGGCAAUCAACGGGAUGAAAUCCUCCAAAAGUUGGAACGCUUGGCACAAAAGCGGCGAAAAGUGAUUCAGCCCGAGCGAAAGAGGCCGCAAGUUCUUCGUCAACUUGAGCCCGAAAUUGAUGAUAAUUUCGAUCCAUUUGUGAAGAAACGCGUGGGAUCCCGAGAAAAACUCGAAUUGAGCAAAUUACUCCACAAAACGAAGCGUGAGAAAAAGGGCGCCAAGAAAGAGAUUCGAGCUGAUGCGGCCUUCAUUGCCUCUCAGAAGGCCAAAGACAGACGAGAACUGGAUUUGGAGCGAACGAAGAAGACCAAAGCCAUCCUGUCGAGCUUGGGUAAUCAAGAAGGAGACGUCCGAAAAUUGCAGAGGAAGAAGUCACGGAUGAAGUAAAUCAUCAUUGGGCCCUCCCAACUACUGUUCUUACUUUCCAAUCC